AUGACAAAUCUAGAAACUUGACUUGUGAAAAUAAUAAAUUAAAGUAUCUUUAAUAUACCUGUAAUAUUCGUGUUAAAAUAUUAUUAUUAACUAAUAAAUAAAAUGGAUUUAAACAGAAUGAGCAAUACUAAAAAGCUUCAACUGUGUAAAUGGUACUUCAAGGUUGGAUUUGUGCUGCUGCCGUUUGUGUGGGCGGUGAACUCAAUCUGGUUUUUCAGAGAAGCAUUCAUUAAACCACCAUUUGAUGAGCAGAAACAGAUAAAGAAAUAUGUGAUAAUGAGUGGUGCAGGUGCGUUGACUUGGGCGAUAGUGUUAAUUUCAUGGGCAGUAGCGUUCCAGCUGCAGCGAGUAUCCUGGGGUGCCACGGGUGACGCUCUAUCAUUUAUAGUGCCUCUGGGACGUGCUUAAUGGACAUUAAAAUGUUGUGUAAUCUAUUAAAUUUCAUUAGUAUGUUUGUUAAUCAAUAUGUGAUUAUUGGUGAUUAAUCAACAUAUAUGUAUAUGUUUUAAAUGGCUUUACAUAAGUUAGUCAAUCAGUUUGGGGGGGGGGGGAAACCAUAGUUAAUUGCAAUAUUUAAAGUCAGCUGUGACGAGUAAGCUAACAACAAAUAUUAUUUUGUUUAAAUUUUUAUAAUUUAGAGCUAAAAUGUAACCACCAUACUGUGUAAUCAUUUUAAUUGUGAGUUAAAGAGCUAAGACGUUCCAGUAGUUUCAUGUGGAAAUUGACCUAAGAUCACCCUAAUGUCAUAAAUAUAUAUUAUUUUAUGUUA